ACUGGAUAAUUAGGGCUGAGUGUCAUUUCCCCUCUGUCAAAUAGCGAAGACUCCCGCAGUCGGUUUGACUGACUUAAGCCUAGGGCUCCCCCUGAGCUCCAUUGCCGGCAACCUAGCUGGGGCCGACCCUGAAAGCAUCCUGGGUCCGCGCCAGCCUGUAGACCCUCAUAGUGUGACCUCUGAUCCCUGUUCUUGAUCUUGGGGCUAGCCCCUGGUGUGGGCUGAGGAGGCGGCCAUGGAGCUGGGCAGCUGCUUCGAGACCUACGAAGACUUCAAGAAGUCCUUCAGCGCCUACAAAAAGGAGAACAAGUGCUCCUUCAUUCUCAGGGACCGCGUCUCCGUCCGCUUCCACAACCUCAACCAUGGCACCUCCAUCCGUGAGGACAUCCUAUAUGUGCAGGUGAAAUUUGUCUGUAUUCGAACCCAGUCAAACAGGAAGAGAACACCAGAGGUGGACAUGUGCCCAGCCUACUUGCUUCUGCGGUACAAUGAGAAGCUGGAUAGGCUAUUUAUCAGUGAACUCAAUACCCAGCAUAUACAUGUUGACUCUAAAACUGCGGGUCCUGGAGGAGACACUGGUGGCAAAUCUCAAAAGACAAUGUGCCUGCAGAAACCCCAGCCUGCACAGCCCACAUUGAAGAAAGAUCCUAACGGGGCUGAAAAGUCCCUGGUUGAACCAUCAUUUUGCUUAGAUAAGGUCCAAGCAGCCUCAAAGCCAGAACAGGAGGGCAUCACUCCUUCUGACCUGGCCAAGAUAGCAAAAGUGAUGAAGAACUUUCUUAAGGUAGAUGAGGGUUCCAUGGCCUCCCUCAGUGUAGGCAACAGCCAAGACCUGGACCGGCUCAGCUUUCAGAGCAGCAAGAUGAGCAACCUAUUCAUCCGCUUCCCAGAAAAUCUCUUGCUGCACCGGGUGGAGAAUGCCCAGGGCCACAUCCUCUAUGCUUUCUUGGUGGAAAACAAGGAACGAGAGGGUCGAGUGGUACAUUUUGCUGUACUCAAGGCUGAGACAGCCACGUCUGUGGCCAAGAUGCUGAGCAUCUUCGCCGAGUUCAACUCAGAUUGGCCCAAGAUCAAGGUGGUCUUUGUGGACCCAUCCUUCCCUCAUCGAGCCGUCCUGCAGGAGAUCUUUCCUGCCGCUCGCAUGCUCCUUUCUAUCUACCAUACAACCCGACUCUUGGAGAAGAAGUUGCAUCGUAGUUCGGUAAAUCCAUCCUUUAAAAAUCUCAUGAAAGAAGCCCUGCGGGAGGCUGUGUUUGUCACUUCUGAUGCCAGCCUGCAAAAUCUCUGUCAGAUGGCCCAAGCCCUACUAGAUGAGGAACUCUUCAGCUUCCUGCAGGCCCACUGGUUCUCUUGUGAACUGCUGUGGUACAUGCAUGUCAGGAAGGGCCUGCACGCGUGUAACACCUACAUGGACAGCCUAGAUGUCAUCACCAGCAAAGUGUCAAGCCUCUUUCGGGAACAGCAGUCCCUGCUGGACUGCAUCCUCCGCUUUGUGGAUUACAUAGACUUCUUCAAUACCAAAGGUGUGAAGAACUUGCCCACAGUUCCUCCCAAGUUAAAGAGAACCCGGCCAGCAAGCAUGCCACCAAAGUCCAAGAAGGCUUUUGGAAUCUGUGGAGGGAGCCUCACCAGGCUCCCUGUGAAAGAAACAAAGCCAUACCCACAGCAGGCACAGUUGCAGCAGGAGCCACAGGUGCAGCUCUCCCGGGGUGGCAUGCUGGACACCUUGCACCAGAGUGGCUCUGAACUGGCUUAUAAGCUGUGCUAUAAUGAGUGGGAGGUGGUACAGAACUCUACCCACCUGGUGGACAUGGCUGGCUCCUCAGUGGACGUUCAGCUGCUAGAGGACUCUCACCAGGUUAGCAAAGAUGGCUGCAGCUGCAGCUGUUCCUUUCAGCAAUGGUAUCAUCUGCCCUGCCGGCACAUUUUGGCCCUGCUGCACACCAGCCAGAAGCCCGUGGGUGAAACCAUGGUGUGCCGCCGGUGGCAAAAGAGGUACCAGCACCUCCUGGGGCCUAGUGGGGAGCUCCGGGACCCUGUUGUGGUCCUAAACACAGGCCAGCCUGGGAAGCAAGGACGGAAUGACAUGAUUCAGGACCUAAGCAGGGAGCUAGCAAACCUGCUAAUGCAGAGUGAGGGACCAGAGCUGGAGGAGCGCUUUGCCACCCUGCACAAGAUUGUCGACAUCUGGGCAGACCCUUACCAGCCACCUGAGCCCACUCAGCAGUCAGAGGACUUCAAGGAUGUGGGCUACCUUCCUUUUCUCUGGGGAAAGCAGGAGGAAGGCGAUGGGCUCCCUCUUGCUGGAUCUACGAUUCAUGAUUGAAACACUUGGGCUGGCACAUUAGACCACAAACCCCUCUCCCUAGAGGUCUGAAAGCUUGUGGUGGCCAGGACAUGCUUGGGGAGCAGCAUUUUAACCACCAAUGUCGUCCUAGGUAGGGCUAGGAAGAACGUUAUCCUAAGAAAAAAAAGAAUCCUACCAUGUGACAGUCCUUUGAAUUUGCCCCUUUUCUGCUCUACUUUUAGCAUUCCUCUGGAGCCUCAUUCAUUGUUCAAGGCCAAAGUUGUCUCCAUGAUGGAAGGUCAUCCCUCUUUCUGCCCCAACUCUUGAGAUCAGAUCUUAUUCACUUUACAGAGAUGAACCCCUGUCCCAGAAUGGGGUGAGACAAAAUGGACCUGGUAAAAGGGUCUGUUUUAAGGGACAAAGGGAAGGAGGGUAAUCCUCGAUUGUUGCUGCUCUUUACAAAGAAUCUGUUAUUUGUAUCUAUUUUUAAUCAUAUUAAAUAAAAGUUGUUUUUUGUUUUUUUAAAUAAAAUCAAAUAAG